CCUAGGUUCCUCUCUGAGAAAAGGAGAGGAAGUGAGACAGGCUGCAGUUUCACUUCUCUGUGAAGCAAACUGGAGCCAUAAUGGGUAGGCACUUGCUGCUGUCCGGUCUGCUCCUAACCCUUCCUCUGACUGCAGGCUGGAGUGCUUCCAGUUGCCUGGUGACAGAAGGUUCCCGCCUGCCCCUGGUCUCUGGCUUCUAUGGAAUCUGCUCUUUGGACCCUUGGCUGCUCCUCCUUGUUUCAUGCAACUCAGUGACCAGUGUGACACAGGCAUUGCAAGCUGUGCUUCCAAAGGUGGAGGGGCUCUGCCUCUUUGGUUCUAUUUCUAUUCUCCCCCAGGAUGCCUUCUCUACCUUGCCUGGGUUCAAGGCCCUGGGGUUGAGCCUGCAUCUCACCCAGCUCCUGCCAGGAGCUCUCCAAGGAUUGGGACAGCUUCAGAAACUCUCUUUCAUAUCUUCUCUAAAAGGGAACCUCUUUUUGAUUCCUUUUUGCGACCUGAGAUCUCUCCAGAAACUCCAAUUCUUAGGCGUCUGCCUGGACAGGAAUUUGAGUGUCCAAUUGCCUACCAGUCUACAACAGCUGGCUAUCAAGUACGAUUGCCUUCAGGAUGUGGGAGAGUUGGCUGACAUCUUCCCAGAUCUGGUAUAUGAGCCCUCCUCUGGGGAUGCCUGGACCCUGGACAUGUUGGAUCUGUCAAUGAGCAGGAAGCUGAAAGUGGACAGCCCUGGGGCCCUCCAGGGCCUCAAGACUCUGACUUUAAAAGACUGGGGGCUGCAGCUGGGGAUCCAGAACAUCUUCAAGAUCUUCCCUUCCCUUCGUCAACUUUUCCUGCUUGGCAGUAGUUUGGAGGCCGUCUGCUCCCAGAACACCUCUAGCUUCUUCCUCUGGCAGCUCCCCAGGCUCCAUUCCCUGAGACCCCGUCCAGUGUGGCUCGAGGAGCUGGUGGGUGAGCUGCCCAGGCUUCAGGUGUUGCAUCUGGUUAACAUGGGGUUGGAGACAUUGUCAGGUUCUGCUUUCAAGGGCUUCAGCAGUAUUUAGAUCUUAAUGCUAGUAGAGAAUAAGCUUGUUCUGGAUGUCAGCCUGUGGGAAUAUAGUCCUCAGAUCCAGUACAUGUACAUUCUGUCUUCAUCCUUGGCCUGCCAGUGUGCCAAUGCCUGGGUAGGACUGUGGCUGGAGCAGUCCCCCAGAAUAUACACAUAUGUAUCAAGAAAGCCUCUAUGCCACUUGAAAAUAGGAAACAGGUCUAAGAGUCUUCUUUCCCUCUUUCUCUGGAGUCACUGCUCUAAGACCUUGAAACUGGAACUGUUUUUGGGCAGCUUUACCUUGCUGCUGCUAAUCUCCUUGCCUCUCCUCCAGGAAGCCAGGAACUCCUGGGUCUUCUAUCUCCAGGCCUUGUUCAGGACUUGGUUCCAGAGUCUGAGAGGUCAAAGGGAUGAGGGCAAGAGGUUCCUCUAUGAAGUGUUUGUGUCCCAUUGCAGGAAAGAUCAAGACUGGAUAAUACGGGAGCUGCUGCCAGUUCUGGAGGGCUGCUCUCCCAUUGAACAGGGACUGCACCUCUGCCUCCCUGAGCGAGAUUUUGAGCCAGGCAAGAAUGUGGUUGAUAAUGUGGCAGACAGCAUAGCAGGCAGCCGUGUAACACUCUGUGUGCUAAGUCAUAAGGCCCUGCACACACCUCACUGCCACCUGGAGCUUCGCCUGGCCAUUUCCCUCCUGCUGGCUUCCCUGCACCCCCCAGCGCUGCUGCUGGUCUUCCUGGAGCGCAUCUCUCCUCACCCCCCCCCCCCACUACCAUAGACUGGCCUGGCUGCUCCACUGAGGAAACUACUGCUUGUGGCCCAAGCAAGACUAGAAGGAGGCUUCUGGGCUUGGUUGAAGAGUAGUCUGGAAAAGCUUGGGUUAGGGCCGGGCAGGGGUACAUGUGUCAGAGGGUAGGGGCAGAAAAAGCAGGCAUGCUGGCCAGGAGAGAAUGGACAUGGGUAUGAGUUGAUAGGUUGAACUCAGUUUUCAGGAGGGGUGCUGUGCGUGCAAGGAGGAUCAAAUGCUGGGAACACAGACUUUGGGGAUGUUCCAGUGCUGAGUGAGAAAACUGGGGGAUGGCAAGUGGCCAUGUGGUAUGCUAUGUGAUCUCAUUUAUCUACGAAAUGCAUGGCUUGAUGAGAUUUUGUUUUAAAAAACAUUGGUGACUCAAAGGAGGCAGGCGGUAAAGGGACUACUGAAUCACAGAACUUGAAGCCCAGAGCAAAUAAGGCAAGAGGGAUUCAUGAGGCAUGUGGGGGAAGGCAGGAAGGUGGGCUCUGGGAGGGUGCUCCUAAACUGUAGAAUCUGGGACAUGGCCAAAUUCAACCAUGUCUUUAAAGGAUAAAGGAUUCCUUCUGUGAUCUGGGGUUAUAGAAAGGUUAGUGGCUGAGGAUCAAACAGCUGGCCAGAAGACAGACUGAUCCCCCUCGGUUGGAAAUAUAAAUCUGCAUUCACAUUUAUCACACUUUUGAGCGUGAUAGCAAUACUGUCAUUCUGAACACUCUUCUGAAGACUGCCUUUCCCCUGGGAACUUCCUAAGCAACCCUAAAGAUUCAGCUCACCCAUCAUUUUCUCUAGAAACCUUCCCUGCCCUCCAGACUUAGAUAAACUGUUCCCCUGGGCUCUCUCAACUUCCUGCAUCUCUCUGUUGCAAAGGGCAGACCUGAGAGCCCUUAGUGCAGUUAUUUCCAAAGUGAGAUGCACAGGGUGAUCCAUUGGGCUUAAAAAGAAAAUGUUACAACUUUUAUUUCUCUUUUAAAAGUCUUACCUCGUUCUAAAACUAGACUGUCUGCUUUGUAACUGUGUGGCUUUGGCAUGUUACUUUAUUUUUGUCCCUUAGUUUUCUGUUCUGUAAUAAGGAAAAGCAUUACACCUUCCCCAAAAGGAUUUUGUGAGGAUUAAAUCAGCUAAUACGUCUAAAGCACUAACAGCAGGACCUAAUUGUGUCUAUAAAUGUUCAAUAAAUAUAUAUGUACUAUAAAAUAAGUAAAUACACAAAUGAUGGAGAUAUAUGCUUCAAAACUCAAAGGAGUACUUGACUGGGAAAGUUUUACCAGACUCUGUUGCUUAUUUCUGAAUGACACUGGCCAGGGCACUUUGCAUCUUUAGAGAGUUUCUUAGUUUUUCUCUUCAGUAAAACGCCAGGCUUUAUUAACAGAAAGGCUAAGGGAAUCCACAGAAAAUUCCACGUUAGCCAUAGGGUGAGGGGCGCCCUCUUGUGUUCUAAUGGUGUUUUUCUUUUUCCCUACUUGGUCCACUUCUACCCCUCCUUCAAGUCAGCUUGAAGUAGAAAUCUUUACCUGACUCUGCAAAGCUGCCUUCCCAACUUUAGAGCCUGACACUCUCUCAAAUGUCUCCAACGCACUUAGCACCCCAUAUAUCUGCACUCUCUCUCCCUUCCCAAGCCCUGUCCUCUUUCUGUCUUUGGUCUCAUGAAGUAUCAGAGAGAUCUUUGCAGGUACAUCCCAAGGGUUCAAACUCUGCCACUUACUGCCUCUGUAUUCUUGAGGAAGUCACUUUCUCUCUCUAAGCCUCACAUUCCCUCUUGGUAAAUUGGGGGUAAAAACACUAAUUUCAGGGCUUUUGUGAGACUUCAACAACAAGGAACAUUAAUAGGUUACUAUUAGGUUUACUCAGUAAAAUCACAUUAGCUGUUACUAUAAAUUGGAUGAAACAUGGUUUAUAGAAGAGAAGGAAUUCAAACUGGGUUAUUAAAAUUAAGAUACAAAUUUCUCUUGAUUUUAACACUAGCCAUCAUGUCGAGGGACUUUACCAUAUGCUAGACACUGUCAAUUACUCAAAAUCUUAUAGCCAUUAAUAAAAUUAUUGGAGGCAGUGGUUACACAUACGCUAAACUCAUUAUAUACUUCUGUUAUUCCUCUCAGCAACAAACUUACCAGGAAGAUACUAUUAUCAUUUCUAUUUUCCACAUGAGGAAACUGAGGUACAAAGAGGUUAAGUGAUUUGUUCGAGCUUUCGUGAUCAAUACGUGGGCAAAGUGCAUUUCCUGAUUGAAAUAAGUCUCAGACAACAAGGACUCCAGAGACUAUGUUUUUACUAUAUCAUCUAAUUUAAUCUUUACAACUCCCUACAAAGUAGGUUUGGUUAUACUACUUGCAUUUCAUAGGUGAGAUAAUCGGAGACAUAACAAUGCAAUAGUCUUUGGCCACACAAGUAGGAAGUAGGUGGGUCAGAGUUUGGAUCCAUGUGACUACAAAAUCCACAUUAUCAACCCCAUAUUACAUUGCUCCUACCUCAAAGUAUUCACAAUGGCAAUAGCAUAUUAUAAGAUUUUUUUUGUAAUAAUGAUUCACAUUCUUCUAAUACCCACGAAGUGUUAAGUGCUGUAUAAACUGAUUUACAUAAUUGCUAGCAUUUAUCGCAUAUUGUUAGGAUGGGGCCUUGAAUGAACUGUUUUAGGAUUAUCAUGUCAUUUGCAACUUCACCAAAAGCCAGUGACAUGGAUGCUAUAAUUGUCUUUAUUUUUCAGAAGAGGAAGGAGAGGGUCAAAAUUCAUCCAAAUUCAUGCAAUUCAGCUGUAAGCUGGAAAUUAAAGCUGCAACUAUCUUCCGGUCUCCUCCCUCCACUCUGGUCACCUCUAGUCUCCCUUUUUCCUAUAUCUUGUUUCUGCUCUGGCUUCUCCAGGCUUACUGAGUUCUCGGCCAUCCCUCAGUAGGCUCCGCCCCUUCAGCAUUGGUGUCCGCCCACUGGGCGGUGCCGUUAUUACGAAGCCAAC